AUGGCAACGGCCAUAAUGACGGAUUUAGGUGGAAUACCUACAUUUGAUUGCCACGGGGAUCAAACUACAGUCGGUGUGCGAUGGACAAAAUGGCGGCGCGCAUUCGAACUUUUCAUAGCAGGAAAAGGCGUGAAGGAUGCUGCACAGAAGAAAGCAUUACUGUUACAUUGUGGUGGGAUGGAGAUGCAGGACAUUUUCUUUACGUUUACACUGGAAGAUCCAGGGGAAAAUCAGACUGUGUACGAUGUCGCGAUGAAGAAAUUAGACGACCAUUUCAAACCACAGGUAAAUGAUGCAUAUGAGAGACAUUUAUUUCGCGCUAUGAAACAGUCCCAAAAUGAAACAAUAGAUCAAUUUGUUACAAGACUGAGACAAAAAGCUGAAUUUUGUGGAUAUGGCACGAAAACGGAUGAGAGUAUCAGAGACCAGGUCAUUGAAAAAUGUAGCUCCUCUGUUCUGAGACGUAAACUUUUAGAAAGGGGUAAGGAUCUCACACUCGAAAAAUUACAAACAAUCGCUAGAGCUCUUGAAGCAAGUGAAACACAGGCGUUUACCAUGGAAAACAUAAAAUCUGAAGUGAAUCACGUGCAAGUUAAGGGGUCACGUUCAUGUAAAGCGUCAGUAACAAAGAAACCAAGUUCAGAUAAACGAUGCUAUAGAUGCGAUCGAGAAGGACAUAACCAAUCAAGUGACAGAUGUCCAGCAAAAGGGAAAGAGUGUCACAAGUGUGGACGUACAGGUCAUUUUGCCAAAUGUUGUAAGUCUGGAACUGUGAAUAAACCAACUAAGGGGCGCAGUAGGGACCACAAUCAAAGGAAUUCACACGUUAGAUUUGUAGACACUGCUGGGAACCAGGAAGAUGACCAUGAUGAUGAAUACGCAUUUUCGGUGACAGAAUUUUCAAAGCAGCCAAGUAUCACUGUACAGCUGGGAGGAGUGAGUGCAGAAAUGAUUAUAGACUCAGGCGCAAGCUGUAACGUUAUAGACAAGUCUACAUGGGAAAUCCUGAAAAACAAAAGAAUCCAGUGUCAAUCACAGCGAUCAAGUAAGAGAUUAUUUUCCUAUGGGAGUCAAACACCGAUGAAUGUCAUUGGAACUUUUCUUGCAACUAUCUCUGUGGGGUCUAAGUCCGAAGAAGCGGAGUUCAUUGUCGUUGAAGAGAAAGGGCAAGCACUCUUGGGACGCGAAACAGCUCUGAAAUUAGGCGUUCUGAAACUAGGACCAGAUGUUCAAGGAUUAGGAAAAUUGAAAGAUUUCCAAUUAGAAAUACCGAUUGACAAAGAAGUCACACCAGUAGCACAACCUUUGAGGAGAGCACCUUUCAAUCUGAGGAGUCUCAUAGAGAAGAAACUGGAUGAAUUGGAGAACCUGGAUGUGAUCGAGAAAGCAAGCGGACCUACUCCAUGGAUAUCACCUGUAGUCGUGGUACCUAAGAAGAAUGACAUCAGACUUUGCAUUGAUAUGAGGCAAGCCAAUUCUGCGAUCAUUCGUGAGAGACACCCGAUUCCUACAGUCGAUGAGGUUCUUCAUGUUUUGAAUCAGAGUACCAUUUUCUCGAAACUGGACAUAAAAUGGGCGUUCCAUCAAGUAGAGCUCUGUAAAGAAUCGAGACCAAUCACAACUUUUGUAACACAUAAAGGAUUGUAUCGAUAUAAGAGACUCAUGUUUGGAAUAAGUUGUGCUCCUGAAAUGUAUCAAAGAGUGAUACAACAAGCUCUCGAAGGAUGCGAAGGAGUUAGAAAUAUAUUUGACGACAUUGUUGUGCACGGAACAUCUGUGGAGGAACAUGACGCUAGGCUUAGAAAACUUCUGGACAGGAUUAGGGAGAAGGGACUCACCUUAAACAAAGAAAAGUGUAAAUUUCGGAUGUCAGAAAUUGUGUUCAUGGGACAUUUACUGUCUGCCAGGGGUAUAGGACCUGCGAAAUCGAAGGUGACAGCUGUAAACGAUGCUAGACAACCGGAAACAGCAUCUGAAAUUCGAGGAUUUCUGGGGCUAGUCAAUUACAGCUCAAGAUUCAUCCCAGAUCUGGCAACGUUAUCCGAGCCGUUGCGUAGGUUAACGAGGAAGGGAGUUCACUUCAAUUGGGGCCAGGAACAGGAACAUGCUUUCGAGGAAUUGAAACGCAGACUCACAAAUGCACAGACUUUAGGAUACUAUGAUCCAAAGGCAGAAACAAUAGUUAUCACCGACGCAAGUCCUGUUGGCUUAGGCGCAGUCCUUGUACAGAAACAAAAUGGAGAUGAGCGUGUGAUAUGUUACGCAAGUAGGACUCUAUCGGAUGUUGAAAAAAGAUACUCGCAAACGGAAAAGGAGGCAUUGGGCAUAGUCUGGGCAUGCGAGAGAUUUCACAUGUACUUAUAUGGAACAGAAUUCGAAUUACGCACUGACCAUAAACCUUUGGAAUUCAUCUAUUCCAAGAAGUCAAAACCUUGUGCUAGAAUUGAAAGAUGGGUGUUGAGACUACAAACCUAUACCUUCAAAGUGAAGCACAUACCUGGAAAACAGAACAUCGCAGAUUGUUUGUCUCGUAUGCCAUCCAAAGAAGUUGAUCCAUUUUUUGUUGAAGACUCUGAGACACAUGUAAAAUUUGUUGCGGAGACAUCUACACCAAAUGCAAUGUCUACAAGACAAAUCGAGCGGGAAUCGGAUAAGGAUCCAGAACUGGUAGAUGUUCGCGAGUGUAUUCAGACUGGCAAAUGGCAUAACAUACAGGAAAAAUUGUAUUUGACUGUGCGUGAAGAAUUGUGUUGCAUUGGAAAACUAAUUCUCCGAGGGACCCGAAUUGUUAUUCCGACUGAAUUGCGAACACACGUUUUGGAAUUAGCUCACGAAGGUCACCCAGGCAUUGUAGUCAUGAAGAGGAGAUUACGAGCGAAAGUUUGGUGGCCAGGCAUAGAUCGUGAAGUGGAGAAGUUUGUCAAAACCUGUCAUUCAUGUCAACUGGUUAGUCAACCACAAGUACCUGAACCGAUCAAAACUACGGAAUUACCAAAUGGACCAUGGCAACAUAUUGCUGUUGACCUCAUGACACCAUCGUUACCAUCAGGAGAUCAUCUUUUUGUUGCAGUGGACUAUUACAGCAGAUACAUUGAGGUGGAACACAUGAAAAGUACAACUACAGACAAGAUCAUAAGGAGUCUGAAGAGGAUGUUCUUAACGCAUGGACUACCGUUAAGCAUCUCAAGUGAUAAUGGUCCUCAGUUCAUAUCUCAUGAAUUCAAGGAGUUUAUGACUGAAAAUGAUAUCUAUCACCGGAAAACCACACCUCUUUGGCCACAAGCUAACGGGGAGAUUGAACGGCAGAACCGCUCAUUGUUAAAACGUAUCAAAAUCGCGCAAAUCGAGAAGAAGGAUUGGAAGGAGGAAUUAUCGUCCUACCUAAUGAUGUACAGAACAACACCACACAGUAUAACAGGAGUCAGUCCUUCGGAACUUCUAUUUCGACGGAAAAUUCGUACUCGUCUUCCAGGCAUUGAAGAUUAUUCAACUAUGACAGACGACCAGGAUGUUCGGGAUCGCGACUCCGAGAAAAAGGAGAAAGGGAAAAUGUAUAUAGACAAUAAACGUGGAGCUAAGGAGAGUGACAUAGCUGUUGGAGAUUCUGUGUUGUUGAAACAGAAGCCAGGAAACAAGCUCACACCUACGUUUGAAGCAGAACCGUACCAUGUUACAGAGAAAACAGGAAACAGUGUGACCGUUGAAUCACCAAGUGGAGUUUGCUACAAGAGGAAUACCACUCAUCUUAAGAAAUUUCAUGAGCGAGCGAAUACGUUUACGAAAUCCACAGUUGACGAUAAAAUUGAUGGAAAACGGAUCGAAACAAACAUUCCGAACUGUGAAACGGCGACAAGAAUUUGUGACACCAGUGCUUAUACUACGCGUCCGACCGAAGUUCGUGACACAAGUGUUCAAAUUACGCGUCCGAUCCGAGAACGCAAACUUCCAGACAGGCUUAAAGAAUACGAAGUGUCAUUUCAGUGA